AUGGCCACCGUGAAGUUCUGCCUGCCCCUGCUGUGGGUGGUGGCCGCAGCCACUGCCGCUGUAACCCCGGUCCCCACGCCGGAGGCUUCUUCCAGCACGCUGAGCCUGGUCACGCUGCAGCCGGCACGGACGGUGUCCCCACGUCCUACCCCAGGCCCUCUGGGGGACGUGGAGACGCCGUCCCCGACUGCGCCCAGCCCUGAGGAGGAGCCCAUCCUGGAUGUCACCCUCAAGGACAAGGAGCCCCCGGGAACCCAGGAGCCAGAGGCAGCACCCGAGGAGCCCGGGACCACUGCCAGCGGGAGCACAGCAGGACCUACACCCGGGACCACUGAGGGUCCCUCUGGCACCCCGAGCACAAGUGCUCCACCGUGCCCCGGCGACAAGGACCCCCCUGAGGCCUGCGGGGCACCCACGGGGGCACAGAGGGCAGCUGUGGCCAAGGCCCUGGGCACCUUCGCCGUGCGUUUCUACCGGCACAUGGUGGAGACGGCCGAGCCCGGCGCCAACCUGCUCUUCUCCCCCCUCAACGUGGCCCUGGGGCUCUCGCACCUCUUGCUGGGUGCCCGGGGUGAGACCCAGGAGCGCCUGGCCGCCGUCCUGGGCUACCCGCCGGGGCUGGCAUGCGUGCACGGAGCCCUGCAGCAGCUGGCCGCCGUGCCCGGGCUGCUGGCUGCCUCGCAGAUCUUCCACCACCCAGACCUGUUCCUGCGGCCCCGCUUCUUGAACGAGUCGCUGCGCUUCUACGAGGCCCUGCCGCAGGUGCUGAGCGGCAACGAGAGCCUGGACCUGCAGCGCAUCAACGCCUGGGUGCGCCAGGCCACCCACGGGCGCCUGCCCCAGCUGCUGGCCCAGCUGCCCCACGAGCCACGCCUGGUGCUGCUCAGCGCCGUCCACUUCCAGGCCCAGUGGCAGACGCCAUUCAAGGCCAAGCAGACGGUGCCGCUGCCCUUCCUGCGCCCCGGCCUCCCGCCCGUGCCCGUGCCCACCAUGACCAGCAAGAAGUACCCCGUGGCCUCCUUCACCGACUCCCGCCUGCAGGUCCAGGUGGGGCGGCUGGACCUGAGCGAGGGGCUGAGCCUGGUGGUGCUGGUGCCGCGGGGAGCCCCGGAGGCACUGGGGACCGUGGAGCGGGCGCUGGACCCCCCGACCUUCCUGGCGCUGCUGCAGAGGGCAGCCAGCACCCCAACGCGCGCCACUGCCAUCGCCCUGCCCCGCAUGCACCUCGACCUCACCAUGGACGUAGUGUCCCUGGUCCACGACAUGGACUACGGGCUGUUCCUGGACGCGGAGCUGUGCGGGCUGGCGCGGGGCCCAGCGGUGGCGGUGGACGCAGCGCAGCACCGGGCCGUGCUGGCGCUGGACGAGGCCGGCGUGGAGGCGGCGGGCGCCAUGGCCACCUCGGUGGCCCGCACGGCCCUGCUGCUGGAGGCUCUGCAGCCAUUCCUCUUCGUCAUCUGGGACCACGCCGGCGCCAUCCCCCUCUUCAUGGGGCGCCUCAGCGACCCCCAGCCCUGA